CCCAUGUCGCCAAGCUCUGGUCUACGAUGCCGAAAAUGCAUCUCUCUGUGCUCCUUGAGACUGAAACACUGAAGCUUAGCUAGUUUCUUUCCAUGAGACUUUCAUUCCCCACUAGUUACAGCAGCAGAGUUCCAUCCCUCCGCUUCCUCCCGGCGAUCAAACCGGCGAGACAGAGAUGCAGGUGGGUUCGCAUGGAGUCCACCACACGCAGACAACGUCGAAAGGACAAGGACAAUGAUAAGAAUAAGAUCGUCGUCAUCAUGGGUGUUACUGGUACAGGCAAGUCCCGCCUCUCCAUCGAGAUCGCUACUCGAUUCCCCGCCGAGGUAAUCAACUCCGACAAAAUGCAAGUCUACAGGGGCCUCGACAUUACCACCAAUAAGAUCCCAAUGCACGAGCGGCUCGGCGUUCCCCACCACCUUCUUGGCGUUGUCGACCCGUCUGACGGCGAGUUAUCCUCCUCCGAGUAUCGUUUACUUGGCGCCUCCGCCAUAUCAGCUAUCUCUGCCCGCCACCGGCUACCACUAGUUGUGGGUGGGUCAAAUUCGUUCAUUCACGCGCUCGUCUCGGAUCGAUUUGAUCCAGGCUCGGACGGAUUAGACGGGUUAAACUCGGUGUCCGCCGAAUUACGUUACGAUUGUUGCUUUCUCUGGGUGGACGUGUCGUUACCGGUGCUGUACAAGUACCUUGCCCGGCGAGUCGACGACAUGCUACACGUGGGCAUGUUUGAAGAGUUGGCCGUGUUUUAUGAGCAGGAGGGAAAGCGCAAGUCACACACGGCGCGCCGCGUUGGGAUAAGGAAGGCAAUCGGCUUGCCGGAGUUCGUGAACUAUUUUCGGGUGUUCCGGCCGGGUGAUGGAAUGACAAGCACGCUGACGCAGCUGGAGGGAGAGGUGGAGAGACGGGUGCUCUUCGAGGAGGCGGUAAAGGCAAUCAAGGAUAACACAAACGAGCUAGCGAAGCGACAGUUGGAGAAGAUCCAAAGGCUAAGAUCGGGAGGCUGGGAUUUACAGCGGUUGGAUGCCACGGAGGCGUUCCGAGCUGUUUUGGCGUCAGAUUCCGUCAAGUCGUCGGAAAUUUGGGAGAGUGAAGUAUUGGGACCAAGCGUGAAGAUCGUGAGCCGCUUCUUAGCGUAGUGACAACAUCUCCCUACUUGUCAUCGGGAGAUGUUCCCAGUAUACGAUGGGAUGUGCUGUGGGACGUGCUGGGGCGAUGAUGUAAACUAUAGCGUAACUAGUUCUUCCCCUAUUUCAUUCAAAUAUUGUUUUCCGAAAAAUUGUAUUAUUACAUAUUAGUACCUUUUACUAUAGGCUUAG